AUGCUUGCACAUGCCAUCGCCAAAUUGUUCACUGAUUUUGUCAUUUGCGGGAUGACCUUGACAAAUAUACUGGCUGAUGUGAAUCUAGCCCAGUUGCCUCGAGACUUGGAUGUCCUCGAAGUUUUCACUGUCGCUAAGUCCGUGGCAUCUGCAGCUGAGGAAUCAGGUUAUCGUUCUGACGUCUUCGACUACUUGAACGAAGACCAACACGAUGUCACAGGCCCCAAGGGUUUCCAGCAAGCCUUGGCGUUGAUCAUGCGUGUCCGUGAAGGGGGCCUUUUGGUACUGGCACCUGAGUGCAAAACCUUCAGUUUCGCAUGUAUGGCAGUGACUGGCCGCAACAGAUUCUGUUAUGGUGGUGACACAACAAAGCCUUUCGUGCAGAAAGGUAAUGCACUGGCACGAACUGCAUGGAUGUUCUUUCUCGUCGGGGUGGCUCGUGGACUACAUGUUUGCCUGGAAAACCCAUCUGGGUCGAUGCUGUUUUCCUUCUUGCAGAGCUAUGUGAACAGGCUGUCAGAUGGGUUGCAAAGCUUGUGGCCUCUGACACCCAGACCGACAGACCUACAGUCUAGCAGUGCUGUUGACCCACAGUUGCAGGCUGCUUUCCUUGCAGACAGACCAGACAUGAAGGUUUUUUACGUCGACCGGUGCGCAUAUGAGGACAAGAGGCCAACCUUCAAAAAAAAGUACAAGUUUCUCUGCAGCUCCCAAUGGUUCUCAGCAGCUGUGCGAACUUGUUCUUGCUCCAAUGGAUUCCAUGAGAAACUCAUGACAGAGGUAGUGCGGGAAGAUGGCACUGUCAGCAAGACUGGCACAAGCCACCUGACAAGCAGUGGGUUCUAUCCCAAAGCUUUGGGUCUGGCAAUUGUGCAGGCAUGGAAGCAGCACUGUGAGGCACCUCCCGCAGCCCGUCAGACCAGGCUGCUGCCCUUCGACAGAGACCCCAAGCAGAUGAUGCUGCAGACCCUUGGGGAGAUUCUGAAGACCCUUGGUCCUCUGCUCCUGGGCCAAGCCGAAAAGCCCAGCAAACGAUCAAUCGGAAGCGUGCUGCAAGUCCUAGGCUCCAAGUUUUGA